CAGGAAUAUUUUCUCUGAAUUUUUCUCAUCGCCUCAGACGCGGCCAGCCAUGUCUACCAAGGCUUCCACCCCUAACAAGCCUCGGAGGCUGAGGGUCUCUGACGUGCGUCGGGAGCUCCAGAGCCUGCUCCUGGGGGCAGAGAUGGCCCACAAGGCUGACAUCCACACAUACAGCUGUGGCCACUUGAGCCCCUACGCCCUGAGCCAGCCCCAGCCCCACCGGAGGAGGACAGAGGAACCAAUCUGGCAGACGUCUGAGGUCCAGGAAAGGGAAAAGGAUGAGGAGGGAGGACUGAGUCCCAGUCCUCUUACGCAACACCUCCAGAGACAAACCAAGAUGGCCGCCAACAUCGAGAAGAUGAAGGAAGCGAUGUUUGAUUUCACUGUCGCCAAGGGGCUAAAACCUAAGGUCUUGAAGCCUGAGCAGCAUGAGAGCAGUACUGGCACACAGAGGGGAACGAAGGGAGAGGAUGGAGAAGAAAGAGAGAGGAGGAAAACAAGAUCCAAGAUGGUUCUGGACACCUCUGAGCUCUUCCUGGUCAAACCCAGCGUAGCAUCACAGUCCAAACCUCCUGGAGGUGUUGAGGAGGGGAACCAAGACAGGUACUGGUUCACUCAGUCUCACCUGGGGGGCCUAACCAAGAAGGACCAGAUGAGGAUGAUGAAACACUUUGACAGACAGGUGUUGGGGAAGCAGGACCUCAGGGACAGGAAGUGGAUCAGUGGGACCAAGGCUGCUGAGGUCUACGAGUGGAAGCUAGAGAAGGAGCUGAGGAGGCUGUCGGACCAGAGCCGUCCCAGUAGAGACCGUCUGGGGGUGUUCAGUGACGUCUUCAACGACGUCUGUGAAGGCUCGCCAGUAUUCAGAGACAUCCUCAGGGAAAUCAAGACAGACUAUGAUCUGUACCUCAACUCUAUUCUGGACUCCCAGACGUCUCUUGAGGACUUGUCUGUUCUGGCUCCGCUGGGUGGUCUGGCCAUCGUAGGGGCAGAGGAUCUGGAGGAGGCUGGGAACGAGGUGUCCAGGCUGGGGGAGGAGGCACAGAGGGCGCUGGAGGAGAAUGACCGAGUCAGGAAUCAGUUUCAGAACGCACGUGACAGAGUCAUGGAAAUCCCAGAUGAUAAAGGGCUCCGUAAGGAGGCCACCCUGCCAGGUCUGAUAAGGCCAGGGGAAGGGGCUGUCUCCUUUAUAGAUCGUGUCCAGCCUAAGAGACGUCAGGCGUGGAUCAUGUGGGAGGAGGUGCAGCUGCUGCAGAAGGAACUUAAGGAGAAGAUGGUGUCCAUCGUCACCACGGGAGCUACAGAGAGAUGCAUCAGAGACUCAAAGGGAGAGAUCAUGAGACUACUGGCCUCAAACAAACGCUUCAGAAACACCAACAAGGAUCUGGAAAGCAACAUCAACAUGAUCCUGGACAGAGUGAGAGCAAGCGAGGAUGUGAAAGCGGAGGUGUGGGACAAAAUAUGGAUCGCCCUGCUACACGAGGACGAUGGAACACAACCACUAGUAAAUUAGUCGCGUUUGGAACAGUACCUCGUUUUGUCCACUAGGGGGUACUAUUUGACAAGAUGAUCUAAAGACCACUUCUACACAUUCAUGCUGGAAGACAGGGUGAUUACACGCGUUAAGCCAAGCUUCACCUUACUUUUAAUCGUUGUUAUUCAAGCUGACCUCUGAUGGUAACAGAAGUACAAUGGCAUUAGUGACAACAGCAACAACCACACAUUAAAAUGUAGUCCUUCCAAGAGUCAAUUAUGCUGUAAUGACAUCAUUGAAAUAUCUUAUUUGACUUAUCAGACUAUAUAAUAGUCUUGUAACAAUAAAGAGACUGUAUCAUUGAGGCUUUUGUUAAAUGUGGUGAGGAUUGUAAUACAUAUGGCUUUGAUGUCAUACAAGCAAACCAUACAACCGUCAGUCCAACUGUGUAUUGAGGCCUUUAAAUAAAUAGUGAUGUGAUUUGA